AUGGCCGAAAACAUCGCCGAUGACAUACCAAUAGUGUCCAAACGGCUCGGUACUGGUGCGAUACUGGAGGAGUUCCAAGAUUACCAUGACAAGAGUGUGGGACAAUUAGAAGCACAGCUUAGAGAAACUCACGAGUUUGAGAAAAGGAAUCUCCAGAGUCUGUAUCGUCAGAUCAAAGAGGACUUCAAACAAGCCGUUGAGAAGAUAAAUAGUCUAAAUAAAGAAAAGGCAGCUACUGAUUCAGAACUGGAACGACUACGCGAACAACUAGCAGAUAAACAAAAUCAGGGUUUCCUGAUGGUAGUGUCCCGUUACGGUAACAUCGAUGAAGUUGAGGAACGAAAUUUUGGAUCAGUUGUUACUGCAGUAAUGAAUGUGCUAGCAGCUCAGAAUACGCUCAUAGUCAGAUCCUCAAUACAAGAAAAAGUUGUUCCGCUCAUGAGCCUGUCUGGAGAUGCAUUAUGUCAAGCCGGUUGGGAGAUCCGCGUUGCGACGACACCCAGAAACACGGGAUAUUUGAUCUAG